AUGUCGUCGGGCGGGCGGGAAACAGUCAACCUCGACAGCCUCGAGCCGCAGCAGCUUGCCCAGGUCAAGAAGCAGCUGGACGAGGAGCUCGAGCACCUGACGUCGUCCUUCUCGCAGCUCCACGGCGCCCAGGCCAAGUUUCGGGAGUGUUUGCGAUGCGUCAACAGCCGCUCCGAAUCAUCAAAGAGUUCGAACGAGGUCCUGGUGCCGCUCACCAACUCUCUCUACGUGCGAGGCGAAUUAACAAAUACCGAGACGGUGCUCGUGGAUAUCGGCACCGGCUUUCUGGUCGAAAAGAAAUUGAAAUCGGCGGCGACGUUUUACGAAAGUAAGAUUCAAGAGCUGACAAACAGCCUAAAAGAGCUCGAGGCCAUUAUUCAGCAAAAGCAGAUGAACGUGCGCACGAUUGAAGAAGUACUGCGACAGAAAAUGAUGGCACAACAAUCCAGUCAAACGCAGUCAUGA